AUUUCUCUCUCAAUCUAAAAAACAACAUUUAAAGUCGGUCGAUACUUACACUGGACUUACCCAAAUACAACUUGCUUUCCCGCUACUACACAUCCAUCUAUCGAUACAGUUUUAAGCUAAGUAAUUAGUUAAUCAAUAUGUCCUCUCCUGAAAUUAACAAUUAUACUGGUGACAAACGUCAAGCUCCCAGAAAUAGAUUCAGAUGGGUACGGAGAUUGAUGCAAGGUCAAAACCGCGUUCACCACGUGAAUCUUGCGAACCAACACGAUCUGAAUCUGCAACGACCUCAGACAACAUCUUCAGACACACAUAUGCGAAACACCCAUGCACCUAGAACAAGGACUCGCAGAUCAGCCCUGGACUCAGCAACAAAGUCAAGUGAAGAUAAUCAAGGGAUUAACUCUGACGAGGAAGGAAAUGCCGAUUUAACAAUUCGUGAUUUUACCAGUCCAGAUGAUCGUUCCAUUGGGGCAUUAAGUGACCAAAUUAGUGACAAUAUAAGUACAAUCCCGUUAAAAUCUAUAAUAUCAUCCCAAUCGACAAAAUCAGCUUCGAUUAUUAGUGACAAUCAGCACGAUCAAACUUCUUUGAUUGCUUCAACCGCAGAAACAUCAUUAGCACCAAGCUCGAAUACCAAUUAUACCUUUGCCCCGAACAAUAAUACCGGAGCUGGUACCCCAACCGGAAUAACCUUUGGAAAUACUUUGUCGGUAGCAUCUCCUAUUGGCCUCGAUCGAGAUAGUGAAUCAAUUGUUACAUUGGCAAGUUCGUCAAGAAGAAUCAGAAGAAGAAGUAUAGAUACAAACUGCAGUACAACUGCAAUCCCCCCUGCUUCUAUAAUGGAAAGAUUGAGUGUACAGCCUACGGUUGGAAAUAGCAGUACCUAUGCCACCAGUGUUCGAACUUCUGAUAGAACCAGUCAAUUUGAUGCGUCACAACAUUAUGACGAUCAAAGUAGCUCCGUCAAGAGCUUCAAUUAGGGAAAUAUAAUAUAAAGCUUACUAAAAUCCUCCGAGAAAUGGUGAUGUUUGUGAUGAUUGAAGUUAACAAUUUUGGUAGUAUUUUCAUUUCUAUAUUUAUAUUGCUGUGUUUGAAAAAAAAUUUUUUUUUUUAUUAUUUUUUUCUCUUGAGUUUAAUUAGAUAAUCUACAUGAUUCAGUAUGGUGUACAUAUGCUCAUAAUCAUAGCAUAAUGCUUGAGCCCGCUGGUGGUUGCAAAAGUUAAAUUC